AUGAAAUUAUUUAUCACUUUUAUAUUUAUACUUUUACAGACAUCUGUAUUUGGAUUAACAUAUAUAAACUUUACACCUUAUUCAAAUGGAAAUGGAUGUAGUGGAGCAGUAAAUGGAACAGGAUAUUCUUGGUUGGUAGGAGAAUGUAUUACAUUGUUUGGUGCAAGUUAUUGGGUCGAUUAUGAUGACAAUCAAAAAGAAGCCACCUUUUACUCUUGGGACAACAUGUAUUGUAGCAAUUCAACCAAACCAUCAUCACAAAAGACCUUUGCUGUUGGCAAUUGCUACCAAGUGUCAUGGGCCGAUCAUGGUUACUUUUACAAUGUUGAUGAUACUGCCGUCAUGAGUGUCGUCCAAGAUCCAGGAUACAUUCCCAAACAAGGGUACCGUCAAACAAGAUUCAGACAAGGUGACAGUCAAUGCAAUGGAGACUAUGCAAUGUAUUUCUACUAUACCGACAAUACCAUCUACCAAAACACACUUCAAACCUUUAAGUUUUGGUGCAACAAUGGUAUGCCAUUUCAACAAGUCUGUACUAUGGGUAACUGCAUCUCUUCUACAAUAGUCAUGGUGAAAUCACCAUCUGAUGAAUAUGAUCGUUAUGGAGAUGAAAGAGUAGCAAGUGGAAGAGAUAGAGAUAGAGAAAAUGAUAGAGUUAUGAGUCCAGUUGAUAGAAAAGAUGAUCUUAGUCCAUUAACAACUACAAGUUCAAGUAUUGAUUCAGGUACUGGUGAUACUAUUCAUGUUGCAGGUUUUGGUAUAAGAAUUAGAGAAGAUGAUUUAAAAGAAAAGUUUGAAGUUUAUGGAAAGGUAAAAAGUUGUUCAGUACUAGUUGAUCCAAAUACAAAGAUUUCAAGAGGAUUUGGUUUUGUUACCUAUGCUACAUCAGAAGAAGCUGAUGAGGCUAUCCGUUUAAUGGAUGGUACAAAGAUUGAUGGUUAUCCAAUUAAAGUUCAAAAGUUGAUUGAUUCUACUAAUAAUAAAGGUUCAAGAAGAUCUAAACCAAGAGACUCUACACCAGGUUCAUAUAUGGGUGCUGAUCGUAAAACAAGAUAUCGUUCAUAUCCAUACCCAUAUCCACCAGCAUAUUCUAAAUAUCCACCAACUUAUCCACCACCACCACCACCAUAUUCAGCAGCUCAUGGUGGAUACUACUCUUAUCCAUACCCAUAUUCAGCUCCACCAACUACAGGUGGCUACCCAACCAAGCCAACCUAUGGCGACAGCCGUUAUAGCCCCUACGGAGGUGGCAGUGGUGGCCCAAUGAGACGUGAAUACACAUCUUCCUAUGAAAUGAGAGGUGAACGUUUUGAAGGUGGUAGAGGAGGAGGAGGCGGCGGAGGCGGCGGCGAUAGAGAAAACAGAGCAAGUGAAAGAGAUAGAAGUGAAAGAGAUCAUUCUCAUUAUCAUGAAACCAUCAAAUUUCCACAUAUACUCCAUCAUAUCUAUCCAAUUGUAACACCAUUGGUAUCUAGUAAUCGUCAUUUUAGAUACCUCUUUCUCUUACGAUUCAUUCAUUCUUAUUCGGCUUGUUGUCAAGAUCGUCCAGAUUCUAAAAUCAUCUAUCUCGUUGCUACUUGUUAUGUUGGUGAUAUUUGGAUGAUUGAAUUAAUAUCUAGAAAUCAAAAUUUAAAUCCAAAUUUAUUUAAAGAAAUAAUUAAUAUUGCUAAUAUAAAUAUAAAAACUUUAAAAAUAUUUUAUGAAAAAGGAAUAGAAACUGAAGAUUGUCCAAGAUCAGAUUUACAAUUUAUACCACAAUUAUUUAGUAAUGAAAGGAUUUUAAAUUGUAUUCAACAACAACAACAAGAUAUAGCUUUAGAGAUUAUUGAUGGUUUGAUUAGAGUUGGAAAAGGAUUUCAUUCAAUUGGAUUGGGAAAGGAAUCCUUUCCAAAUUCAAAUGUUUUGGAUUAUAUAUUUCUUCAAGAAAUUGCUCUUUGUAAUAUAACCAAGACGAUUUGUAAACUUGAAGGAAAUCAAAAUAUUUUGGAAAAAUAUUUUUUUAAUAGUUUAUGUAAAUCAAUUAAUGAUUUAAAAGAGGAUGGUACUUCUACAAUAAUUCCACAUUUUACUUUAUUUAGAAUAUUAUCAACUUUAUUAUUAAAGAAACCAAAUUUUAUUGAAUUGUUACAACAAUCCAUCAACAUGUCGGCCAUACAAUUAAUAAUCAAAACCAUUUCAACCUAUCAUUUAAAUCAUUUUAAUUUUGGUUCAAAAGUAAAAUAUUAUUUAUUUCAAUCAAAGGAUAAAAUGAUGGAUCUUUUCCUAUUACAAGUUUUAAUGUCAACUAUUGGCAGUAAAAACUUUUUUAAUAUUUUAAUACAAUUAAAUUCAAGUUUUAAAUUAAAUGAAAUAAUAAUUAUUUUAAUUCAAAUUAUACAAUGUAGAGCAACACUUGAACCAACAGUGGAUGAUAUUAAAUAUCAUUUUGUACAAUUAUUGGCAUUGGAUGUUAAUAUAUUAGAAUUAUCAUCCAAAUUAAAUAGAGAUGAAUUAAUAUUUAAAGAUACAUCUAAAAAGGUGAUAUUGGAUAUUAUUGAUGAAAUGUUGGACGAGAGCAAAUCAUUGAAAAAGGAAUAUUGGCAUUUAAUUGAUCCAUAUUAUCCCUAUCAUACAUUGACAAAUUUAAAAUCAUUUAAAACAAUCAAUGGGAAAUAUCAAUCACCAAAAAAUUCCUAUCCCAAUCCUCCUACAUUAACAAAGAUGAAAUUAAAUUUGGAUCAAGUAUUUUUAAUGAAAUUGGUUGGUCAUUUUUUGGUUCAAAUUCAUACAAAAUCAAAAGUUCCAAUUCCAGAACUGUCAAAGUCUUUGGAACCAUCAGAAGAAUUAAUCAAUGAUUUAUAUUAUAUGAUUGCGUUACUACUUGGAUCAUAUAAGGAUAUUUCAACUCAACCAUUAGAUGUGCCAAUACUAGAAAGACUCUUAUUAGAUUCUGAUGAAAAAGAAGGUCCUCCAUUGGAUGAUUGUUUAUUAAUGAUUUUUACAAAUUUUAUAACAAAAUCAAAUCAAUCAAUGUCAAUAUUCCAAGUCAUCAUGGAUAGAUGGAAAAAUACAAAGGCCACUGUCAAUAAUGAAUUAAUCCCAACAACCGAAUUCAUUUUUAAAAUUUUGGUUUCCAUUAGUGAUCAAUUUCAAACCUAUUUUGAAAAAAUCAAUUUAAAAUUGACAGAUCAAGACAAGGAUGAAAUUGACAGUCAAAUCAAAUCUAGAACUGAUAAUCAAAAAAAAUUAUUAGAAAAAAUGAAACUUCAACAAAUGAAAUUAAAGUUUCAAUUAGAGCAGGAGGAGGAUUUGGAAGAUUCAGAAGAUUCCGAGGAUACUGAUAUCCAAUGUGUAAUAUGUCAAAAUGGACCUUUACCAGAAGAAACAAUUCAUACUUUUUGUAAAUUUUCAAAAUCAUCAUUGAUUGGACAAUCCUAUAGAAAAAGUUUAAAUGAAUUUGAAAAGACAAAUCCUCAAGGUUAUAUUCAAUUUAUAGAUACAAUUAAAGAUGGUUCAUCAUUUGGAUUGACAAAACUUUACUCAAAUAUUGAUCAUUAUUCAAAUCAUCUUACAAGUUGUGGUCAUUUUAUUCAUAGUAAAUGUUUGGUUGGUUAUUCUCGUAAAACAUGUCCUCUUUGCUCAAAAAGUUUCAAUAUUACAAUUCCAACCAAUAUUGGACAAUCCAAUCGAGAAUAUGAAAAAAGUACAUGUUUAGAGUUAUUAAAGUUAGAAUCUGAAAAGGUCGAAAAAUAUUCAAGUCUUUGGAAAAAUGUGAUUCAAAAUCUUUUAAUUUUGGAAUUAAAAAGUCGUCAAUUUACUUGUUAUUCAGAUACUCCCUACUAUGCAAUGUCUCAAUCAGAUUUUGAUAGAGAAUUUUUCAUCUUACAAUUAUUUAAAAUUAUUUUUAAUUUUAAAAUUGACAAAAGACAAAAAUUUCUAGAUAGUAAUAUUGAAUCUUUAUUAUUUCCAUUUAUAAAUUUAACUUUUAAAUAUUAUUUUAAAGAAAAUAAUUCAAAUCCAAAUAUUUUAAUUCAAAAUUGUAUAAAUAAUAUAAUUAAAGAUAUUAGAGAAGAAAUUGAAAUAAAUUCUUCUUCUUCUUUUGAAAUGAUGAAAAAACCAAUACUAAGACAAAUACUAUUAUUUAAAUUAUUGAUUGAUGGAUUUGAAAAGAAACCUACAAGAUUGUCACCAUUUUCAUUGGAGCAAUUUAAUAAUCUAGAAUUUUUGGAAUCGUCAUUAAUAGAUAAAUGUCAAAUCAAUCCAUCUAGUUUUGAAUUAAAUGUUUCAAACAACAAUGUCAAUAUCGAUCCAAAUAGAUUAGUCAAACCAAUUCAACUAUAUCAAAAUUCAAUUCAAUUUACAGAAUUACCAGAAAACCUAUUAUCACUCUAUCAAAAAUAUAUUUAUCCAUUUGCCCAAAAAUGUAAAUGUAAAAUAACAACUCUAUCAUGUCUAUGUCUCUAUUGUGGGAAUAUGGUAUGUUUAGGUGAACCAGGAACCAAAUGUUCAGUGUCUAAUUCAUUACAUUCACAUAAAUGCUUGGAGAAUCAUUGUAGACUAUUUGUAAUGAUGGAAUCACCAAUAGUCAUUAUCAUCCCAACUUUAGACAACAGUCAACCAUACUGUAGAUCACAAAUUUAUAAUCAACCACAAACCAAUUUGGAUAUACCAAAUUUAAAUUCUAGUUUUACAAUUGAUAAUAAUAGAUUAAAACAAUUAUUUAUUCAUCACCUAAAUAAUAGUGAAAAACAUUUACUUUUUCAAGUAUAUAUAAUCUUAGUUAUGGCAUCAAGAGGACAAUCAGAAACAUCAAAGUUAAAGACAAAUAUUGAAGAACAAUUAAAUAGAUUGUUGAGUCAAUUACAAGACUUGGAAGAGUUGAGAGAAGAUCUUUCACAAGAAGAAUACGAUGAAACAAAGAAAGAGACUUUGGAGCAAAUGAAAGAGUUUGAACAAUCACUCAACAAGAUGAUGAGAGGCGAUAUGACUCUUGUCAGUGAAUUUGGUAGUGUUCAACUUGCUAUUCAAGCUGCCGUCUCUCAAGCUUUCAAAACCCCUGAAGUCAUCAAAUUGUUUGCAAAGAAGGAUCAAGGUCAACUUCGUAAUAAACUUUCAAAUAUUCAAAGAGAUGUUAAAUUGGCAAAAAUAUCAAAAGAUUCAUACAUUGAUCAAAGUAUUGAAAUUUUAUAUGCUUUAAAGAAACUUGGUUUCGCCAUAUCACCAGAAGAAGAAAACUUUUUGGAACAACAUAAAUCACGUGUCAUGGGUGAUUUUGAAAAGGUUUCUGGUAAUAUUGGUCAAGGUACAAAAGAUAAUUUAAUGUCAAAUGCUGCUACACAAAUUCAAAAAGCUGCUGGAAAAUAA